AGCAGUCCCUCCGCUCUCCCCUUUACUGACGCCUCCUCUUGCUGCUGUACUUCUAACGGCGGUGGCCUCCUCCCUUUCUUUACUUCUUGUUUUACCAUUCAUUUGUUUUAAUCCGACGCUUUGCCUUUUAGAUUCGUCCUGCUCACGACGUUGUAUAGUCGAAGUGUGAAAAUGUCGGAUCAAAUCCCAUCUCCAGCCCCAAGAUCCGCCACGGAUCUGUUCUCGGACCCGCUUGACUCUCACCCAAUGUGGUUCAAGCCCUCUCUCUUCCUUUCCCCUGAUUUCGACUCCGAAUCGUACAUUGCGGACCUCCGAACCUUUGUUCCAUUUGACACCCUCCGAUCUGAACUCCAGGCUCAUCUCUCAUCUCUCAACCAUGAACUGAUCGAUCUCAUCAACCGUGAUUACGCCGACUUUGUAAACCUUUCCACCAAACUGGUCGAUGUGGAUUCUGCAGUGCUUCGGAUGCGUGCUCCACUUCUUGAGCUCCGUGACAAGAUGCAAGGCUUUAGGGGAGCUGUUGAGAGCUCACUUACCUCAUUGAAGAACGGACUGAGCCAACGGGCUGAGGCUACUGCUGCCAGAGAGGUGCUGGAGCUGCUGCUUGACUUUCAUGUUGUUUCCAAGGUUGAAAAGCUUAUAAAGGAGCUUCCUAGCGUGUCUUCAGAUUUGUCGAAUGGAGAUGUUGAUUCAAUUCAAAAGAGUAAUGCUUUGAACUCACAUGUUGAGAAUGGAACAACAAAUAUCAGAGAGACCCAAAGCAUGCUUCUUGAGAGAAUUGCCAGUGAGAUGAAUCGCCUCCACUUUUAUAUUGACCAUGCACAGAACCUGCCUUUCGUUCAGAACAUUGAGAAGAGGAUUCUGAGUGCUAGCCAACUGUUAAAUGCAAGCUUGGGACACUGUUUUGUUGAUGGGCUGGAACACAGGGAUGUCACUGCAAUUUAUAAUUGCUUACGUGCUUAUGCUGCUAUCGAUAACACAGGUAAUGCAGAAGAAAUUUUUCGCACAACCAUUGUGGCUCCAUUGAUACAAAAUGUUAUUCCACAUGGAUCUUCUGGAGUUGUCGCUGGGGCAUCUGGAGAUGAACUUGAGAAUGAUUAUGGACAAAUUAAAAAGCUUGUUGAGAAGGAUUUUAAGUUCCUACUGGAAAUUGCUUCUGCAGAAAAUUCAGGAUUACUAUUUGACUUCUUGGCAAAUUCAAUUCUGAAGGAGGCCUUAGAAGCCAUCCAAAAGGGAAAGCCUGGUGCAUUUUCUCCAGGAAGACCUAAGGAAUUCCUCAAAAACUACAAAUCAAGCCUAGAUUUUGUGGCUUAUCUUGAAGGCUAUUGCCCAACCAGAGCUGCUGUUACUAAAUUUCGUGCAGCAUCUUUUUAUGUUGAAUUCAUGAAGCAGUGGAAUGUUGGUGUUUAUUUCUCGUUAAGGUUUCAAGAAAUUGCAGGUGCUCUGGACUCUACACUUACAGCUCCUAGUAUUGUUCUUGUCCAAAAUUCUGGUUCUGGUGAAGAAUAUUCCCAGAACUUAUCACUUAAACAAAGUGUUACUCUUUUGGAUAGCUUGAGAUCCUGCUGGAAUGAAGAAGUUCUUGUCCUUUCUUGUUCUGACAAGUUUCUUCGCUUGUCCCUGCAACUGCUCUCAAGAUAUUCAAAUUGGUUGUCCUCUGGAUUGGCUGCACGGAAGAAGGGUAGUGCUGGCUCCAACCCGGGAUGUGAGUGGGCUCUUUCAGCUGUUCCAGAUGAUUUUGUUUAUGUUAUUCAUGACAUAAAUUGUCUGUCCAAGGAGAUUUCUGGUUCUUACCUUGAUCAUGUACUUCAUGUUCUAUCUUCAUGCUCUGCUGAAGUCUGUGACCUCGUAAAGCAGAGCAUUUUGUACUGUGGAAAAUCAUUGGAUGAUUUGUUACCCUUAGUUAUCAACACAAUUAAAGAGGCUUUAGUUCAGAAAUCUGUCGAGGAAUUGAGACAGCUGAAGGGUAUAACUGCAACUUACAGGAUGACAAACAAACCUCUUCCUGUCAGACAUUCACCUUAUGUGGCAGGAGUAUUGCGCCCAUUGAAGACUUUCCUGGAUGGUGAACAAGCUAAAAAGUAUUUGACAAGCAAUGCGAGGAAUAAUGUACUGCUAGGUACUGCAACAGACAUAACUACUCGCUAUUAUGAAUUAGCUGCUGACCUCGUCAGUGUGGCACGGAAGACAGAGUCUUCACUUCAAAGAAUAAGGCAAGGUGCACAAAGACGGGCUGGGGCGAGCUCAGAUAUCUCGGAUCAUAAUGUGUCCGAUACUGACAAAAUUUGCAUGCAAUUAUUUCUUGAUAUUCAGGAGUACGGGCGGAACCUUGCUGCCUUGGGAGUGGAAGCUGCCGGUAUAGAUGCAUAUCGAUCCCUAUGGCAGUUUGUCGCACCUGCAAAUAGGCAGAAUGAGAUCAAGUUUUGAAAUCAAUAUUGCAUUGGCAUCUGGUUGCUUCACAUGAGAUCUCGAAUUUGUCUCUACACUCUGCAGAGGAAAAAGAAAAGAGAUAAUAAUAUAUAAUCACCAAAAAGAUUGAGCAACUUUGAAACUGUGAUUCAGGAAACCAUUUCAAGCGUCACAAUAUUCAUCAGCCACACAAUAUGUGUUCAGAUUUAGUGCUGGCAGAGGCUGCGGCAGAGACCAAAAGUCAAGAGAAUGAGAGAUUUGAAAAAAUAGGGCAGCCUUGACAUCUUUGCACUUAAUUUCCUCGACGUUUACUUGUUUGCACUUUUCUUUAUAACAGAAUUAAACCCAUAAGAAAAGGGGAGUUUCGAUCCACCAAUCAAUCCAUGUAAUUCUUUUAUGUUUU